AUGGACGGAGACGAAGCAGCUAAAGGUAAUGAAAACAAACAAGGUCCAAAUAAUCAACCGAAAGUGACAGGAGCUCCGAGUAGUUCAAAUACAAGAGCUUCAAGUUUUCCAAAUGUAGCACCUUUAAUGGAUCCCAACGUAUCAUCCAUAAAUAAUCCUAACGUUCUACCUUUAAUCGAUGCCGACGUUGUACCCUCAAACCAUCCAAGUUUACUACCAAUCAACGAUCCCAUUGGACAGCGUCCGAGUAAUCCCAAGACAAUACCAUUAAUCGGACCGGACGUGCCACCGAGUACUUCAAACGUAAAAGUUCCAAGUUCUUCUAACAUAAAGGUUCCAAGUUCUUCUAACAUAAAGGUUCCAAGUUCUUCUAACAUAAAGGUUCCAAGUUCUACUAAUAUAAAGGUUCCAAGUUCUACUAACGUAAACGUUCCUAGUAAUGCUAACUUAAAGAUUCCAAGUUCUACUAAUGUAAAGGUUCCAAGUGCUUCGAACGUAAAAGUUCCUAGUGCUGCAAACAUAAAUGUUCCGAGUGGUACAAACGUAAAAGUUCCGAGUGCUUCGAACAUAAAGGCUCCGAGUAAUCAGAAUUUGGGAGCACCAAGCACUUCAAAUGUGAGUACUUCAAAAGAUGUAGCCGAAAGUGCGUCAAAAAAAGAAGAUCUUGCGACGAAACAUUCGAGUUUGGCAUCGAAAUAUUUGGAAGCUUUCACUAAAAACGCUGCAAUGAAAAAAAGACCGGAAGGGAAAAGGGAAAGUGUUUUCGAUUUCAAUGAGAAGGAAAAAAAAUUAAUACCGGAAAAGACGACUUCCGAAGGAAACACAGCAUCUUAUUUAAAUUUACUUAACAUGGACAACGAAACAUCCGAAAGAAAAACAAGUAAAUCAUCUCGUAAAAAAUAUACUCCGUUCGAUUUGUCACCGGUGGAUGCCGCACGAAACGUUCAAGUCAAUCAAAAUGCAAACAACACGACCGGUACAGCAUUUGUUAAUUCGGGGCAAACAAAUUGUCCAGGUUUGGCGGCAACACUUCUCCAGAAAAGGAGUCCUUUUAUACACGAUCCACCGGAAUUGGAAGAAAGGAGGCCUCGCAUACAGUCUCCGAGAACUCCGAGAGAAUACAUAAUUAAUUUAAGAGAAGAUUUAGCGGAUUUUCAAGAAUCUCACGGUCUUCCUCGGUCCAGAGAUUACAGUUUUGUUUCGUUAGGUUUAGCAUUGAUACAAGAAACCGGAAGAGCUUUGUUUUCCUUAUUUCAAAUGUUUACUGAAUUAUUUCCCGUAUUAGCCAUCAUUUCCUUAAUAUUGAGAUUUGCGCUAGAUAAACUCAUUGAAAUAUUUGAAACUCAGGAGACGGUACCGAAAAUAAAAAAAGCCGUUAUAUUCACGCUCGAAAUGAUUGCCAUUAUACUACCCCUGUGGAUAAUCGUCGGAUCGAUAUUAGUACCCUUGUUGAGUUUGGUCUUAUCAUUAUUUAAAAGAGUCUUUCAUAUCAGAUGGAGAAGACACGGUUGCAGUGCAAAACGGUGA